AUGGCCCAACUCCAAUUCCCGCACUUCCGAACGUGGUUGAAGGGAUCUACGACACUUGUGCGCGAGAUGCAUCCACCGAACGAGCUUGGCGAUGGACCUCGCACACCUUGUGAAUUCAUGCCGCAGUCAACACCUCCAGUCAUGAUCCUAUCAUCAACUUCGAGGCGCACGCAUCGAAGCGUGGAUGAGCGCGCAGUGCGGCUGCUUUCGUCAGUCGCCAAUAGCUUUCGGGAUGAUGACGAGGACUACGAUGACAUACGCGAGGCGGAACACAACGACUGCUCAUAUCUCGACAUCAAUCAAACGCCUAUGACGCCGCCGAUGACACCGGUGACGCCUACGACCGAUACUUCGCUCAGCUCAAUUUCCUCCAUGUUCUCAGUCGACUGCUUCAAGAGCAUUAGGUUGUACUCGCAUUUCUCGUCACAAGCGUUCUACACACUUCUGGCAUUCGUCCUUUCCCUCUUGACCUGUUUCCUAGUGGUGGCGCUUUUUGGGGUUGAGGGCAUGAAGAUCAUACUGGGAGGCAUGGUCUGGAAGUCUUGGGGUAUAUUGGCAGCUCUGAGUGAUGUCUUAGAGAUUGGAAUAGAAGGUGCUGGAUUUAUCUGCGGGCGGGUUGUUGGGCGAUUCGGACGGGGAUUUGAAAGGGGAUAUAGCAUCUGA